GAAACAAAUCGUCAACAAGAUUUACCCCGAAACGUACAAGUCAGAAAACAGCGUAUCCUGCAAUUACCAAUGAGGACGAUCAGCAUUCCAGCGGCGGAUUUGUUUCUGCGAAGGAAGGCAAUAAUAAUCAUGACAAAAGCCAUAAUGUUCAACUUGCGGAAAUCAACAAUAUCUACCGAACCAUUCCGAAUUUAUAUCAACUUGUUGAAUUGUGUUUGGACGAAAGCACUACCGGACGGGGUGAUUAUCUAGUGUGUAAAGCCAUUAUUCAUCCAGAAGAACUGGAAAAAGUCUGCAAUAUGCUGGUUCCCGGAAGUUAUCGUUCGGUCUCUGAUAUACAAUUUAACAAACUGGCAGACGUCGAUAUUCAGCUAGUUGGUUGUUACGGAAAUUGUAAAAUUAUUUCAAAACUGUUGCUUCAAAACAAUGUCAUCGACAAAGAUAGAUACGAGAAAUUUAUUAAAGGCGAACAAACAUUGGCUACCGGGCUUUAUUUGCUAAUUAUUGAUUCGGAUAUGAAUCUCCAGCAGUCGCAGGAAACUACAGUAGCAGCCAGUACAAAGUUUGGCCUUGUAAUCUUGUGGCUGGAAAAGCAAUUUUAUGAUGAAAAAGAAAUACUGACAAAUGCAACAAACCUUCACCGAUUUCUCACUCAAUUGACGGACCAUCAAAUCUGCUUAAUGAGUGAAGAAGAUUUAAGAAAUUUUUCCUUUUCCGUAAAUACAAGUGCAAACAGGAUAGUUGACAUUAAAGUUCAAAAGCAAGAAAAGGGUGUUUUAGUCGGUGAUGGAUUUAAGAUCAAGAUACCAGAACUGGCCAUAUGUAAUGGAGAUCCAUCAAAAGCUUUCAUCAUAGAAUCAAAUACUCUACAAUUCUUGGCUAUUGUGCGAAAUAUUAGUGAAUCCAAAACUUCAUCUGAAACAAUGACUGAAAAAUUCAACUCUUCUAAUGAGUUUCAAAAGUUCUUGAAAAAGAAGUUGAAUGAAGAACAUUAUGCUUUGAGUUUAAGUGAUUUGAUGAUGGAUGAACUAGUUAUUUUGAUUAAAGAUGGUUUAGAUAAACCUGACUUUUUAGUCACAUAUGAUAAUCAAAUAUCGAAACUGAUAAAACAAAGGGAUGAAAAAAUUAACAAGUACAAAAAAGAAGUAAAUCAAUGGGUUCUUUCAGCACUGGAAAAUUAUGAUAUUUAUUUUGAAAAGAAGAUUCUUAGUGUCAACUCAUCUUCAAUUAAGGACAAUUCUGAGCUUAAAAAGGUUUAUGCUGGACAUGCAGAAAUUUGUAAAGAUAUGGAAACUAAGAUUUUACAGAUUGAUAGAAAGGAAUGGAAAGCAUUAAAGUAUGAAUUUUACAAUAAAAGGGAGCAGCAGACUAGUUCAUCACAAGUAAAAUGGUAUGAAAUAAAUAGUGACAGAGUGACUUCAUCAGUGACUGCUUUUAUAAAUAGCAAGACUGGAGUAGAAGGGAUUGAUAAUAUAUCAGAUGCCAAUUUUGUUGCUGAUCUAGUACGCACUGCAAAAGAAAAUGUUAUUGUGAAGCUUCGAAAAGAGUAUCAACAGUGGAAGGAUAAUGGGAAUAUUAACAAGAAGCUGGAGGAAUGUUGGAGACCACAUAUUCAAAAAAUGUCUGAAGAUGGUAAUUUUUUCAAAUAUAAGGAGAAAACAAGCCAUAUUGAUAAAGUAGAAACUGAAAAAUUAAAGAAAAAACUUGAGUCAAUGUAUUCCAUUGGAGAGAAAAUGUUUGUCAAAAAAGUGCAACAUCGAAAAUCUAAUCAAUAUGAGUUUCAGUAUGUCAUUGAAGUAGUCAAGCCCUCCCUUUGUGAACUAAUGAUAUUGGAAUUGCCAAGCAGUUAUAUCAGACUCAAAGCAAAUGUCAAUUACACAAUCACGAGUUUAUUGAAUGCGUGUCGAAAAUUUUUGUAUAUAAAUGCGAGAUUUGAAAUCAGGUGA